CGAGGGCGUUUGGAGGGCGGCGACAGUGAAUUCACAGCUUCUGACAUUUAUCCCGAGCUUCACGCGCACAUCAACCGUCCACAAUUCCCGCGGAGAGUGUAUCAACAGGCCGCCCACACGGGAGAUGCUAAAAAAAAAGGGGGAGGACGAGAACUAACAGGCAGCAUGCAGUUCCUUCCUCCUCCCUCGCUGGCCACAAAGGGACUAACUUAGAGGAUGUGGGUGUCACUCUGACUUGGCCAAGAGCUGAAAGCAGAGAUAAAGAGAGAGUGCCGAGUAGCACAGCACAGUCACACCAGGCAGGAUGGGGGCCGGCAGUAGCAGCAUCAGUCAGCUCGCCUCCAAUGAGUACCUGAAGCGGUUUGUGAGUGAAGAGGUUCUCACUCCAAAUGACCCCUUCUGGAACCAGCUCCUCUCCUUCACCUUCUCCAUACCCAACACCAGCUCAGACCACCGCCUGUUAGAAGAGUCCAUUAUGCCGCUGUACGUAGAGCUGGUGCAGAACCACAGCAAGAGUGGCAACGUGGCAUCCCUCAUCCAUGUCUUCCUGUCCCGUGCCACUGAGCUUAAGGCAUCCGCACAGUGUGAAAACACUGUGUUCACCUGGCAGGCUCACAAUGCACUGUUCAUUGUGCGGUGCGUGUGUAAGCUGCUCAUCCAACACUUGUCUGAGGAGGAAGUGAUUGAAGUCCUGCAGACAUCCCCACCAAAUGAGGAAGGAAUCUCAGAAGACAGCCAAAACCUAGUGGAGGACUUGGUGACAAGCCUGGUGGAGGUGGUAGUGGAUGUGCCUCUGGCGGACCUGACUUAUGCACUGCACCAGGAGGCCACCAUCACACUCCUUGUCCUCACCUCUGCCCUGGUCUUUGCCUCAGGGGAUGACUGUUACCUCUCCGUAUUGAAAAUGCUGAUGACAGGCCGGGCUUCCAUACACGCCUGUCUGUUUGUGAAGACCCUCUUGCGACGUUUCAUGGCACAGGACAAGCCGCCGGCCAAGAGUGAGAGAGGCUCCAUCAUCCUUGGCCUGGCCUCCGGUCUUUGGAACGUCUUGACACUGGGCCUAGCAAGCAGUGGGGAGGAGGAGCAGGGGAGAGGUCCUGAGUCCCCACUAGCUUCUCUUAGUGUACUGCUAUUGCUGGUGCUGACCAACCACUACACUGCAGACCGCACCACCAGGAACCCCUACAGACAGGCUCUCCUCCAUGCACAAAACUUCCAUGACCCAGCCGAGAGCACACCAACUCAAGCAGUGGCAACCUUCAAGCUGGAGUUUGCCACACUGUACAAGUCCCUCUUCACACACCUGCAAGAUGACCAGACCACCCUCCUCCUCUACCUGCUGCUGCAUAAAAACGAUGAUUUUCGAACUUACGUCCUUGCCCGCACUGAUGUAGAGAGUCUGGUGCUUCCCAUCCUGCACACUCUCUACCAUGCUCCAGACAGCACCUCCCACCAUAUCUACAUGUCCCUCAUCAUCCUGCUCAUCCUCUCCGAAGACGAUUCCUUCAACAAAACCAUCCAUGAUAUUCCUCUCAAGAAUAUCACCUGGUACACAGAGCGCUUCAUCAGUGACAUCUCCCUGGGCGGCCUCCUCAUCCUGGUGGUGAUACGAACUAUAACCUACAACAUGACCAAGAUGAGGGACAAAUACCUGCACACCAACUGUCUAGCGGCACUGGCCAACAUGUCCAGUCAGUUUCGGUCGUUGCAUCCAUAUGUGUGCCAGCGACUGGUGAGCCUCUUUGAGACACUUAGCAAGAGGUACAGUCGUCUCUGUGAGUCACUGAGGGCAGCUGAGGACCUUCUUGAUGAAUCUGAGAGUGAAAUGCCUGAUGCACUUGGGGACGUUGGUGUGCUGGAGGAAGUCCUGCGCAUGGUUCUGGAGAUCCUCAACUCUGUCCUGACACACCAGUUGGCCCACAACCACAACCUGGUGUACACGCUGCUGUACAAACAGCACCUCUUCCACCCGUUCUCCACACACCCAAACUUCCAGGACGUGACACAGAACAUUGAAAUGGUUCUCUCGUACCUCAUGGGUCGCCUGGAGACCACCAAGAGGGACCCGGGGGUGCAGGAUGUGCAGGAGGUGAUCCAGCAAGGAGUGCUUCACUUACCCAAAGAUCGGCUAAAAAAGUUCCCAGAGCUGAAGUUUAAGUACGUUGAGGAAAACGAGCCAGAAGACUUCUUCAUUCCCUACGUGUGGACUCUUGUGUACCAGAAGUCUGGUCUGUACUGGAACCCAAAAUGCAUAUGUAUGUUUGAUCCUUCCCAGCCUGAUGGCUAAGGCUGGAGGCCCCGCCCGGUGGCCCGUAGAUAGAUUAUUGAUUUUGUUAUACUUUGAAAGUUUAUUGUUUGUCACUUGGGGUGGGGAAGGGCAUUACACAGACCAGUGGUGUCAGUAGAUAGCAAGCUAAUUUUAUAAAAGUUUUGUAUGGAAGCACUGGUAUUUGAGUGAAGCUGUUGAGCAUGAGACCUUUUCAUAUACUUAGUGGCAGUCUGAGAGAAGCUUAGUACUGCAAGCAUUAUGUGAAAUCUGGCAACAAGCAGCAGCAUGAUUCACAGUUCAAGAUCAUGUACAGUAGCCUCCCCUUCCACACACCCUGAUGACAACCUCCACUCCUGAGGUUUGAGCCCCAUGUGCAAUGAUUGGGUUCAGGGCUCUACUAGCAGGGUGGGUUCCAAAUCUUGCUUCCUCUGCUUGGUCUACUGCCAGGAGUGGAGGUGGGUGAUGAGCUGUGCAGAAGAGGAGGCCACUGAACCUUUUAGAUAGAUACAAGACAUAAAUGGGGUGCUAUGUAAUUUCUCUUCUAUAGUCAGUCUGUCUUGGUAGAUUUCUGAAGCAAAUUUUAUAGUGGCUUACGUGCCUCAAUGCUCAUCUAAGGGCAGCGGGAUCUCCUACCCACUCUGCUCUAUGAAUUCAAGUGACAAAAUUUUAUACAGGUAAUGGUUUUGUUAGAUCUGCAUGAAAUACUGACUUCAGGAGCUUAUGAUGUGGUGUAUUCUUACAUGAACUCCACACAUACUCUUUACUUCUCAGCAGUUCAUCCUGCCAUUCAUCUCUGGCUGCUUGUCACCACACUAUGUUUGAUUUGGGAUAUCUUCUGAUGGCACUUCUUGUCAAAAAGGAUGAACUUAACAUAGAAAGAGGGAUAGUGUGCUUAAGACCUGAUAGAUCAAGCAUAGCAGCUGGCAUCAUUAUGAAGUUAGUCCUAAAGUGUGGCAGUGGCCUCAUCUGUAGAGCAAUUCUAUGUUUGAGAAUUAUUUUCCACUAAUUCUUGACUUCAUCCAAAGAUACUUGCAUUUCUUACUUAGUGUUGAAGUAUUACUGGGAAGAUUGUUGGGUGAAGCAGGUUGUAAACAGAUCAUUGGUGGUGUUUAUUCAUUCCAACUCUGCCAUCCAAAUUGCUGAGACUGGAAUAAACCCUUGAUAAUUGGUGUGUUUGGCGAGCAACAUUCGGUGCCAAUCAGACUAAGUUACAUUGAAAUUUGAUGUAAUGUUAUUGAUGAUUUCAAUUGAGGGUCCUGCAUUACUAGUCAAAACCAUUAUUUAGGCUACAGUUCUCUUAUCUCAGGGCUUCACAUGUAAUUGAUGCUUCCAGAUUUGAUUGAUCAACUUAUUCCAUGGCUUCUCUGAUAUUUAAGUGUCUUCCGAAAAAAUAACUGCAACUAAUGAAUCAAAUAUCAAGGGUUUGUUACCAUUUGAAUAUUAAGAUGUCAUUGCUGCCAUUAGGUUGUCCUGAGGCAGCAGUGAAACAGGAGGCAGUGUGGGAGUGGGAGUGAUGUGCAGCUUUCAUCACAGCUGCUCUACAGUCAGUGCCAAAAGUGUUGGCAUGAAACAUAUUUGCUCAUACACAAAAGAUUAAGUAUGGAAAAAAAAAUAAGAGCUUAUUCAGACUUUAGUAUUUUGUGAGGUAGCCUUGUCUCUUUAUACAACUCUCGAGGCAAAUGAUUCUUGGUCCAGUUUUGCACUUACUGAAUGCUAUGCUGGUAAUAAUACUGUUAGACUUUCCCCCAAAGCUUAUGAUAGAAAUGUGUUCCUUUAGAAGCUCUUUGCCACCUUCCAUUUCUCCAUAAAAGCCUAUAUAUGGAGUAAUGAUCACACUCAAGAAGAGUGUGGGGCAGCACAACAGAAUAUAUGGGAUACAUUGGGUUAAAAUUAGUGACAUCUGACUAAGCUCUGUGUACUUUACCUCCCUGUCUCAUGUUAACACAUUUUCAUGCUAAGACGUUUAGCGCUGACUGUACUACCCAACAUGGAUAGAGUCUAGUUAGCUAAAAUAUUUCCAGGAAUGUACCAGAAGAAUUAUGGCAUCUUUGGCAAUGGGAGAAUGUGAUAGUACAAUUUUUAAGCUCUGUUUUCAGUCUGUCCUCCUCAAGGACUACUCCACAACUAUAGAAAUAUACUUUAUACAUGUUGUUGGAUGUGGUAUAUUGGUGGAGUCUGAAUGUUGAGAAGAGAUUAAAGUAGUACAUAUCUUUCCAGAUUGCUAUAGGAAUAAAAGAUGCCUGAACGUUGUUAGUUACAUCAAUACUGUAGCACUGAAGGAUAUGCAAGUACUAGACAAUUUCCACCAAUGCGACUGACCUAAUAUAGACUCACCAGACCACACAUGUGACAUUGUGAGACACUUCAGCUGUGACUCACUACCACUCAGCCACAAUUGAGUGAUUACAGGACAAGGGGGAUUACUUGCCUAAUAUUUGUAAUCUAGUUUUCAUCAUUGUUUCAUACUGCACCUCUCUGCUCCCACUAAGUCGACCUCACAUGAUGAAGUGAUAAAGUAUGGCUGUAUAUUUUUGUUUUGUUUUUGAGAUUAGAGUUUAUUUGACUACUAUUGGGAGUAUCUGUGAGUGGUGGAAGGAUGAGCCACCUGUACAUAGAUCUGAUCUUUGUUUUAACACUUAUCUAAUUUUAGAAAUUAAUUGCUACUUAGAGUUACACUUCUUUUUUCCUUUUCCUCAUUUAUAACACAAAAGACAUGCACUUUGUCACAGGUGAACACUGAAACAGUCUCUCGGCAAACACAGGUGAUCAUCCUUUCAUGACCAGUCACAGACACACACGAGCUAUAAUUUAAAUAUUUAUUACUCGAGAGAAUAAUUUAAAUAUUGAACCCAAAGAUAUCCACCACAGCAGCAGCAGAAGUGUGAGGAAGAGUCAUUGGGACAGAGUAAAGAAAAAUGGACCUUAUAAGAACAAAUGGACUGCACAGUUUAAGGUUUCUACCACACGGGGUGCACAUUAUAAACCACUUACUUUACUUCAUCCAUCCAUCCAUCUCUACUCUAAUUCCUGUGUUGAGAUCAGAUUAAGCACAUGUUCCCAGUGGUGUCAGAAUGUGGCUAUUUAUUUGAGUGUUUGUGUUUCUUCAUGUUCUUUCCAGAACUACUGUUGAUGCAAUUUUUCAAGCAGAAUAUGAAUGAUUGUCAUGAAUGUGUAAAUACUGAAAAUGUAAACCUGUAGUAUUUAUAUUCUUAUGUAAUCAUUUCUGAUAUCAAAGUAUUUUUAAGAACUUAA